AGUGAUAAUCCCUAGAAUAUAGCUCCUACAGAGUCGACGAACGGCCAUAAAAUAUAAGCCUGUUCUAAGUCUUAUUUAUGGCCUGAGAUUGUCGGAGCGAACUGCAGGAACUGAUGACCGCGCUCAUCUUGUAUGAAUAAGCCAUUGAUUGUUCACCGUGUGAAAGCGAGAAUAACAUAUAAAGCAUGGGUUCUCCAUAGAUACGCGAGACCGUCUGUUCCUGUGUGGCUGGACGGGGCUUGAGAAUUUUUGUGUUGAGUUUACGACUGAAUUAGAGGAAGCGUAUUUCAUACGCUGGAGGAAGAAGAAUUUGAAAAAAUCGAGUGGUAUAUUAGUUAACAACUUAAUGGCGUUCCAAACUAAAUUUGAAGCUUAAUUUUUGGAAACGUUUCGGAGACUUCAUUUGAAAAUUAUGAAGAUGAGUUAAUUCAAAGAUUAAGGCGUCAUUAAAAGAUUUGAAAGCUUUCAGGUGAAAAUGGGGAAAAUUUCUUUGUGUUGAAAAUUUAUUGAAACGUAACACGAGUAUGAUGCAACUCCAUUCUAUGAUUUUGAUGAAAUUUCCUUCACAUAACUUUAAUCUUAAAUGUGCGCUCUAAAAUGUUUAAGCGAAUGUGCUCUGAAGAUCAAGAACGUCUUCCAAGAACAAAUCCUCGCCUCAUCGCCGCAGUCAUGAUUGAAAUAUUCCCUGACAGAGAUGAGCUUCACUGCUAUGAUUCAGCAUUUCUUCGAAAGUGAAAUAUAUUGCCAGUUCUUCCUUAUUCAAGCCCUAUCCAAAAUAAAACUCGUAGUAUUGUUGUAAAAUUUCCAAACGGAUGGUUUUAUCUCUUCGAUGAGCUUUUUCGAGUGGAAUUUUUUAAAGAAUAAAAUGUUUUAUCGGAUAAGGACGAAGAGAUUGUGAUUUAACAUCGUUUUAGUCACAAAUUUUUCAGAACUCAACCAAGCUUGUCAACAGCUAUACACUUUAAACCCAUAAAAAUACAUGCGUGAAUUUCCACAAUGAUCAUCACUAUUGAGGUGUUGGAUAGGCCAAAAAUUACGUUUACACGAACCGAAAACAGCCUUUCACUUCCAACUACUCGAGAAUCCUUCAAACGCGCAACGUCUCCCACCUUGUAUUCUGACAACAAAAAAAUUCGCAGCAGCAACACCCACAUCACCACACACCCAAUAGUCAAGGGCGAAACUAAUUCACCGAAAAUAGAAAUUACGACCGCCUCCAUACUCAUGACCACGCCUAAAAAUUAUGCGGCUAAUGUGGACAGCUUGAAGUGUGAUCCUUUCGAGGUGUCUGCUAAACUAUGUGAUGUCAAUCUUCGAGUCGAGACGAAGGAGUCCAAACGGGGGAGCACACCUCCACCAAGUAAUGAAGUUCAUAAGAAAGAAACCUCUGAACAAUGGCUCGAAAGACUGCAUGGCAAUCGGCGCAGUUUCUUUGGCACAAAACCAGGAAACAGUCAGAAGGAGACGACCGUGAACCAAAACCUGGGAACCUUUCAACCGAAACUUCCUGGGAAUGGGAGUUCAUUUGAAGCCGAUAAUAAUUACAAAGGAAAAGAAGGCAACACGCAGAGAAAGAUAUCCGUGUUAAAUUUUGUGAUUGGCCGAAGAAAGUCAAGCGUCAAUGAUGAUGACUUUGUAACUGGUAAGAAAAUUGUUGCUCCUGACAUCAGCCGCAAUGGAAAGAGUGCUGCCGACCUCCAUUGUAAGAAUAUUGGAGGCAAAAUAGGAAUUCCUGACAUGCUUCAUGCCUCCUCAAAUGAACGUAAUGUUGCUUUAGGAAACGGAAUUGAAAAUUUGAAUGAGAACAACGGGAUUAGCAUAAAACGCCCCAAAUUUUCAGUGUGUUCUGAAAGCGAGCCAAAGAAAUUUCGAAGUCGAUGUGCUUUAUCCGCUUCAGUUCCUCCUAAUUUGAGAAAGAAUGCACGUAAUGUGAACAAUGUCGUUGAAACCUUAUCUGGUGUUAGAAGUUCACACGGAAGCUCAGGAUUAAAUAAAGAAAAUCAGCCAAAUAAGGGGAAAUGUGAGCCGAAGGACACAAGUGGCAACCGACAAGUCGAUGAGAAAUCCGUAGAAACUAAUGGCCAGCGACAAACUUCAAGUUUCUUCUCGAAUAACAACAAAUUGAAAACCAAGACCUUUGAUCAUGAAAAAAAUUCUAGUGUUUCCAACACCAAUAAACUGAAUGAAAUAUGCGAUAAUCUUAAAGGUCCAAGGGGCUGUAAAGUGAACGGACAUCUAGCUGAAGGGAUAGUUCGCCUCGAUUCAGAGGAAUCCAGUGAAACCAAAAAAGAAAAAAUUCAUGAAAUCCGCAGUAAACUAAAAAAUUCAAACCUCUUCACUAAAAAUCCCGAACCAAACGGACCAGAAAUAAACAAAAGUGAACUACAUGAGCCGAAGAAAAGUCGGAACAAUAGUUUAACAGAUGCGUUUAUUCGUUUUCGACGAGGAAGCGCAUCCUUCAGCAACAAACGCGGCAGCGUAGGAAACAACAAGCGCUGCAGUAUCAGUGGCUGCAGUGGCAAGCGACCAAGUAUAAGUGCAUUGCAGGACAAUAAAUCUUUCAUCGACAUCCUGAGGAGUCGUAAGAAUAGCCUAAGUAGUGAAGUACGUACUAGGAGUAACAGCCUCACUAAUGUAGUCAACAUACGACGUGCGGGCCGUCGCGCCGAGAAGAAGAAAAAUGCUAGUUCAAGUCUUGCGUCGUCGUUACCUGCCAGUGAGAGGACCAACAGAGCAAGAAGUUCACCGCCUCAGAGGACAGCCGCUUUCGCAGACAAUGAUUGGAAAACAAUUAAAACCAAGAGGAUGGGCAAGACGACCACCACCACUGAGACUCGCACCUUCCAGAAGGGCGGAAAGUGGUACCAGGAGACCAAGGAAACCACGGUCGUGGAGCACAAGACUGGCACCAACACCUCCACCAAAGUCACCACCAAAGAACUUCCCGGGCCUCCUAAAGAUCACGCUUCCAGCAGCAGCAGUAGAUCUCCUUCUCCAGUCCGCUCCAAAAAGGCAAGCGCUACGGACUGUGGCUCGAAAGGUUUGCUGUCGAAGCUCAAGACCAAAGUUCAGGAUGCUAGCAGCUCUGACGAUGAAGAAGAACGAGACGAGAAGCUUUCGAAGCAGACGCUCGUUCAGAUCAACAAGAAGCGCACGCUUCACGGCGUCAAGGCACUCAAACUCAGCCCUGAGUUGAACAAAGAAGCCAAGAAAUGGGCUGAGCAAUUAGCCAAGAAGGACGCCAUGGCACACAAAAACGACGAGAAAUUCGGAGAGAAUAUUUACAAGCUGAGCAGCAACGUUGCCAUCACUUGGGAGAGAAUAUGUGCGGCCACACCCGUUGACAACUGGUACGAUGAAAUCAAAGUCCACAAGUUCGGCCAGGAGCCUCAAGGUGGAAAGCUAGAUUCCGGACACUUCACGCAGCUCGUGUGGAAGGAUACGAAGGAGUUUGGUUUCGGGACCGCCAGUUCCAAGUCAGGCUUGAGCGUCUAUUUCGUCGCCUUCUUCUCACCAAAGGGCAACUGGAUGGGAGAGUUUGCUCAGCAAGUCCCUCCUGUCGGGGGCUUCCCCAAAGACAGCCUCCUGAGCAACGUGACGAGCAAGCUCCAGAGCGCCGUGCUGAGCAGCAGCAGCAGCGAUGAUGAAGAGGAGGACUUCGCUGAAGCUGUUCUCAAGGCGCAUAAUAAAUAUCGCCUCAAGCACGGCGUUGCCCCGCUCACCAUCUCCAAGAAGUUAAACAAGGUGGCCGAAGACUGGGCGAAGACUAUCGCCAAGAAAGACCGCAUGGAGCACCGCCCCAACAAUGACUAUGGCGAGAACAUUUACUCCAAGUGGAAUUCUGUUCCUAACCACACCAUCUCUGGAGCUGAGCCUGUUGACUCCUGGUACAGCGAGAUCAAGGAUCACGUAUUCGGCAAGGAACCUCGGUCCAUGGUCUCCGGUCACUUCACGCAGGUGGUGUGGGCAGACUCCCGAGAGCUUGGUGUAGGCAUGGCGCGCAACAAGAGCAGCGGCAAGCUUUAUGUCGUCUGCAACUACAACCCUCCUGGCAACAUGGUCGGCAGCUACGCCAUCAAAGUCCCUGCACCAAAGUCAUAAGCUACAUCAGCUAACAGAUUAAUACAAUGUAAUCUUCUACCAGUUUCCUAUACUGGAAUUCAAUCCCAGUUUCUUCUAGGUGGUGAAAUCUCUAAUUCCAGUUUCCUAGAGUGGAAUCUAAUUCCAGUUUCCUAUAGUGAAAUCUAAUUCCAGUUUCCUAUAGUGAAAUCUAAUUCCAGUUUCCUUUAGUGGAGUCUAAUUCCAUUUGCCUACAGUGUAAUCUUCUACCAAUUUCCUUUAGUGGAAUCUAAUUCCAGUUUUCUUUAGUAAAAUCUAAUACCGGUGUUUUACAGUGUAAUCUUUUCCCAGUUUAUUCGGAUUAAUCUUCUCUUAAUUUCCCACAGAGUAAUCUGCUUCUGCAGUUUUCAUGAGUUUGAGCUGCUUUCAGUAUAACCGUAAUCGAGUUGAAUAAUUUCUAAUCCAGCUCUAAUAUUUUCCGAUAUUUCGUUCUGUUCGCUGGCAAUACGUACGUCUCUUCUUUUAAUGCAAUAGCUCUUAAUGAAUAUCAAACCUCAGCACAAUCUUGAAACUUACUUUUCUUUACGCAUCGUUUUGUUAUUUUGAACUCUGGUAAAAUUAGUUCCAUCUAUAACGCCAAUUUUUUUUAAUUUCACUCGAUACUUUAAUUUUAAUGUCAUGUACUAUUUUUAGCAUGAUUAAUAUCCUAAAUGGUUAUUCAAAGAUUCAUGUGAUGUACCAGCAUUAGAUCAAAUCUGAUCGAAUUAGAAAAAUUGUGAAGUAUUUUCAUUAGUCCUGAUAGACUAUAGACGAACUCCUGUUUACUCUUCGCUGUGAAUAAAUAGACAAUCUAUUGAUUUAAAUUACGCACAUACUUAUUGAAUGGUCUCCUUUUUAUAGUCGAAUUUGAUAGUUUAUUGGUAUUGAUCGCAAUUAAUCAGUGUAAGUGUUUAUUAAAAAGCAUCCGGCUUACCAAAGAUUCAGUCAUUACAUUUAGUCAGUGCGAUUGUUGAUUUUCUCUAGAUGUAUAAGUCUGACUAUGAUUUUUAAAAAACCUGAUUGAAAAUUAGUUGAAUAUUUUGUCUUAUGUUAAACGUAUUAUUUAUGAAGAGUUAUUUUAAAAUGCUCUGCAUGUCCGCAUUGAUCAAAGUGUAAAUGUUUCUGUUACGUUCAUCAUUGGUUCUAAUUUUUUAACAGUAUUUUAAUCAUCUAUCAAGUUGUGAUAAAUUUACAGCUAAGUCAGACUAAGGCGCGUAUAAAAAGCAUGGAAAAGGUACCAGUAAGAUACCCUUAAUAGGUUUAUUACUGAUAAUUUUAUUCAUUUUACGCUCUGUUUUUCAUUAAUAUCCCAUUUUCCCGGCUGGAUUUUCCAGCCGCAUGAAAUUUUACGCUAUGAGCCGUGAACACUUCAACAUAUACAGAAAGAAAUGUUCGCGCCACUCACCCUUUAAUGUACAGGUUAUUUAACGGCGUAUUUUCACCGAGAUGCCUUGGAUUCAGGGUAAACUUAUUUUAAUUCAAUUAAAUCCUAUAUUCUUGUGUGGAUUCAGGCAAUCUUUGAUCCAUAUGCUGAUCAAGAGUAUUCCGUCUGGUGAAUUUUACUCCCUGGGCGAUAAUUACGAAAAGUCGUGCAAGUCGUGCCGUAGCUAAAGGUUUUCUCUCUAACAUAUACUGACUUCCUUCUAACAUUCACAUAUAUAACAGCUUUCCGUAUAUUCCUAAAUCUUAUAUUCCAGUAUUGCAUUAUAGAAGCGAUCUCAUGAUAUUUUAUUUAACUCUAUUUACAAUGAUGGAAGUGAUUUCGCCACUCAACCAUCAAACUUGACGCAGAGUUUAACACAUUCCAAAUAAUGUGUACACUUCUCUCCGAGAUAUUCCAUGAAUAAAAUAGUCCUGCGA